UCAAUUACAAUGAGCGGUGACAGCGACAGUGACGUGGCCUCCAACAGCAAGAAGUUCAUCUCCAUCAGCGUCCCUGACCAGCCCGACGCCAUGUCACCCCACAUCAGGUGCGUGGAGGAGCUGCGGGUGCUCGGCAUCAACCUCAGCGCCUUCACCAAACCCGCCCAGUUCUUCAUCUGUGCCGCAGGAGUCUUCGUCUUCUAUCUCAUCUACGGGUACCUGCAGGAACUGAUUUUUUCCGUAGAAGGCUUUAAACCCUAUGGCUGGUAUCUCACUCUGGUGCAGUUCGCUUUCUAUUCCAUGUUUGGACUGGUUGAGCUUCAACUCACGCUGGACAAGAGGAGAAGAAUUCCCUGGAAAACAUAUAUGCUCAUAGCGUUUCUAACAAUGUGUACGAUGGGCUUGUCAAACACCUCCCUUGGUUAUCUGAAUUAUCCAACUCAAGUAAUCUUUAAAUGCUGCAAGCUGAUUCCUGUUAUGAUAGGAGGAGUCUUCAUACAAGGGAAGCGCUACAAUAUUGUAGAUGUAUUUGCUGCAUUAUUCAUGACCCUUGGUCUAAUUUGGUUCACUUUGGCUGACAGCAAAGUGGCACCCAACUUCAAUAUGACAGGCAUAAUGCUUAUUUCAAUGGCACUCUGUGCCGAUGCAGUUAUUGGAAACGUGCAGGAGAAAGCUAUGAAAAUACAUAAUGGUUCAAAUUCCGAAAUGGUAUUGUAUUCCUAUUCAAUAGGGUUUGUAUAUAUAUUAUUCGGGCUAUUUUUUACCAGUGGUCUGAGCUCUGCUUUUGCCUUUUGUUCAAGGCAUAUUAUGCAGACCUAUGGCUAUGCAUUUAUGUUUUCAAUGACUGGAUAUUUUGGAAUUUCCUUUGUGCUAGCUUUGAUAAAGCUGUUUGGUGCACUUCUUGCUGUAACAGUAACUACAGGAAGAAAAGCAAUGACCAUUGGACUUUCAUUCCUUUUCUUUUCAAAGCCAUUUAGCUUUCAGUAUAUAUGGUCAGGUCUUUUGGUCCUCAUUGGCAUCAUGCUAAAUAUUUACAGCAAAAACAUGGACCGAAUGAAUUUACCAUCACCUCUUUAUUUUUGCCACCGAUUCCUGAAAAGAGAAACUAGAACAAUGACUCAAAUUGUAUGAAAUUCUCUGCGAACUUGAUUCUUGUGGUUUUCAUCAGACCAAGUAACUUUUGACUGGCACUACCCAAAUGACAACAAGUAGUCCUGGUACUGGCACCUGCUAUAUCUCUGAAAUUUCCAUAUGUAGGUGGGAUGCAUGGAAUUCUUAGUCUG